UUAAAACCAGUCAACUCAACAGGUUGUCUCAAUCAUGUACCGUUAGACGUAAAUAAAAAAAGUCUACGUCAAGAUGAAUUCGUAAUUACUUCAUUAUUAUUAUAAUUUAUAUAUAUUUAUUUAUUUAUAACUUAAAAUAAUAUUUUCAAUAAGUAUGACAAGUGCUAAUAAUAAUAUAGGCUCGAAAAAAGUGGCAACUCCAGAUGGCAAAAAGUCAUGCCAAAAUGUUUCAGAAAAAUCAACUGAUACAGGAUGGUGGUUAGUUUUUGGAGUUAUUAUUAUACUCACAGUUAUAACUAGGUUUUAUAAUGUCACCGAACCUCAGCAUGUUUGUUGGGACGAGACACAUUUCGGAAAAAUGGGAAGCUGGUACAUCAACAGAACGUUUUUCUUUGACGUUCAUCCCCCUCUCGGAAAGAUGUUGAUAGCGUUAUCUGGAUACCUGACCGGAUAUGAUGGGACCUUUCCAUUUGAAAAACCAGGAGACAAAUUUGGAGAUACUAAAUACGUGGGAAUGCGAAUGUUCUGUACAUUGUUAGGUGCGACGAUUGUUCCUUUAGCAUUUCUGACGAUAUGGGACUUGACUAGAUCUACCCGUGCUGCUGCAUUGUCAGCGAUGUUUAUUUUAUUUGAUGUUGGAUUAUUAACAUUAAACAGAUAUAUAUUAUUGGAUCCGUUGUUACUGUGCUUUAUGAUGUCAGCAACCUGGGGAAUGGCCCGAGUCGGUUCUCUAAAAGAUAGAGCAUUCACGAAGACCUGGUGGGGUUGGUUGACAUUCACUGGAAUUUCACUGGCUUGUACUAUUGGAGUUAAGUUCGUUGGAUUAUUUGUCGUUCUACUAGUUGGAUUAUUUACGAUAAGCGAACUCUGGAGAGAACUUGGUGACUUAUCGCAACCUGUUACAAAUGUUGGCAAGCAUCUGCUGGCGAGAGUUGUUUGCUUGAUAAUACUGCCAAUUUUAUUGUACAUGAUAUUCUUUUUCAUUCAUUUGAUUGUUUUGAAUAAGAGUGGAAGUGGGGACGGAUUCUACAGUUCCGAGUUUCAAUCUCUUCUGCAAGGGAAUUCACUCCACAAUGCUUCAAUGCCUAGAGAACUUGCUUACGGUGCUACGAUAACUCUAAAAAAUCAUCGUACAGGCGGUGGCUAUUUACAUUCUCACUGGCACCUCUAUCCGAAAGGUGUUGGAGCGCGACAGCAGCAAAUCACAACCUACACCCAUAAAGACGACAAUAAUUUCUGGCUCGUUAAAAAAUUCGAUACUGAUAAAUUGCCUUCUGAACCUGAGCUAGUGAAACACGGUGACCUCGUACGUCUCGAGCACGUUAUCACAGGUCGUAACUUACACUCGCACAAAGAAAUAGCUCCGAUUUCAAAGAAACACUAUCAAGUUACGGGUUACGGUGAAAAUGGCACAGGCGACGCUAAUGAUGUUUGGAAAAUUUUAAUAUCCAACGGCAAAGACGGUGAUGUCAUUCAAACAGUCACCAGUAAACUAAAAUUCGUCCACUAUCUCCAUCACUGCGUACUCACUUGCAGUGGUAGAACCCUACCUAAAUGGGCAUACAGUCAACAAGAAGUAUCUUGCAAUCCCAAUAUGAGGGAUAAAAAUGCCCUGUGGAAUAUUGAAGACAAUAGGUAUCCUAAAUUACCUAAUGUAAGUUUUCAAGUAUACGCACCAGGAUUCAUUGCUAGAUUUAUUGAAUCACAUGCGGUUAUGCUUCAAGGCAAUUCGGAGCUAAAAGUUAAAGAAGGUGAAGUUACUUCUCGACCUUGGCAGUGGCCUAUUAAUUACAGAGGGCAAUUUUUUUCAGCAAAUAAUCAUCGAGUCUAUUUACUUGGAAAUCCAAUAAUAUGGUGGGGAAAUAUUAUUUUUCUAUUUGUGUUUGCUUUUAUAUAUUUAUACACCGAAGUAAGAAAGCAAAGAGGGUGCGAGGAUGACCCCAAAAUUGUGGCUGAAAAAGAGAAACUAAAAAAUGCCGGUAGCUGGUUAUUCAUCGGAUGGCUUUUACAUUACGUUCCUUUUUGGGCAAUGGGACGUGUUCUGUACUUCCAUCACUAUUUUCCUGCAUUAUUGUAUAACUCAAUGCUCACUGGUAUAACGAUUAAUUUUAUCAUCGACUCGUUAUUCUUCUUACUGCCGCAAAAAAUCGCCAAUACUCUUUAUCAUGUGAUUCUUGGAACAGUCAUUUCCGUGACUAUUUACAGUUUCUACUUAUUUUCCCCGUUGGCAUACGGCAUGGAGGGGCCGACUUCUGAAGUUCCCGACAGUUCUAUGCAUUCGCUGCGCUGGCUCGAUUCCUGGGAGUUUUAAAUUUUUUAAAUAAUUAAAUUAUUUAUGUCCGUUAAAAAGUAAGAUAAAAUAUCUAACUCAAAAACAAAGAUCUAUAAAUAUUUAUAUUUUACUUUUAUAAA